GCAGCCACUCGGGCGGGUCGCAGCUCCGGAGAAGCUGCUCCGAUGCUCCAGAGCGGCCAUGGGCGCCCCGCACUGGUGGGACCAGCUACGGGCUGGCAGUUCGGAGGUGGAUUGGUGCGAGGACAACUACACCAUCGUGCCUGCCAUCGCCGAGUUCUACAACACGAUCAGCAACGUCUUGUUUUUCAUUUUACCGCCCAUCUGCAUGUGCUUGUUCCGCCAGUAUGCAACGUGCUUCAACAGCGGCAUCUACUUAAUAUGGACUCUCCUGGUUGUAGUGGGAAUUGGGUCUGUCUACUUCCAUGCAACUCUUAGUUUCCUGGGUCAGAUGCUUGAUGAGCUCGCCAUCCUUUGGGUUCUGAUGUGUGCUUUGGCCAUGUGGUUUCCCAGGAGGUAUUUACCAAAGAUCUUUCGGAAUGACAGGGGCAGGUUCAAGGCAGUGGUGUGUGUCCUGUCUGCAGUUACAACAUGCCUGGCAUUUGUCAAGCCCGCCAUCAACAAUAUCUCUCUGAUGAUUCUGGGGGUUCCAUGCACUGCGCUGCUCAUUGCAGAGUUGAAAAGGUGUGACAAUGUGCGUGUGUUUAAGCUGGGCCUCUUCUCAGGCCUCUGGUGGACUCUGGCUCUCUUCUGCUGGAUCAGUGACCGAGCCUUCUGUGAGCUGCUGUCUUCCUUUCACUUUCCCUAUCUGCACUGUGUGUGGCAUAUCCUCAUCUGCCUUGCUGCAUAUCUGGGCUGUGUGUGCUUCGCCUACUUUGAUGCUGCCUCAGAGAUACCUGAACAAGGUCCAGUCAUCAGAUUCUGGCCCAGCGAGAAAUGGGCUUUUAUCGGUGUUCCCUAUGUGUCUCUCCUAUGUGCCCACAAGAAGUCGCCAGUCAAGAUCACGUGAUGGCAAGGCAGUGAUCGUCUUCUCUACUCACUUCUAUGCGAGCGUGUGCUGGGCUUCGUUUGCUAGCAAAGAUGGCCAAGGGGAUUGAGGAAUCGGUGUGAUGUGGGUGUUUAAAAUUCUGCUCCUUUGUGAUCUAACUGGACCACUGUGCCUGACUUCCCCAGGUUGGGAAAUGGAGGGCUCAGGGACAUAAGUAUGUCUUCCUCAGUUUCCUCCCCAGACACACGGGCUUGCUGUGUUAAGUCCAUAAUGACAUUGACAGAGUAGGUUUUUGGGGAGACCUAGGGCAGCCCAAAGUUUCUUGCUGUAGAUCUGACCAUUUCCAGGCUCUCUCAUUACACAGGAGUCAGCCCCCUGAUAUACAAGACCUUCUGAGUUUGUGAUGGAAGGUUCCAGAACUUUUCAUUUUGCUGGGAGAAACUGUCCUUCAACAAAACCAAGUGGGCAAACACACGUGGGGGCUGUGGCUAAGGCGGGUGGCUUGUAAUUCGAACCUCUUAGCUUUCCCAGGUUCUCCAUGUGCUUGUGGCUCCUUCCACUACCUCUGCUGAGAGAUGGAGCCUCGGCUUCAGAGGGCAAAGCCAGUAACACCCUCUGUGCCAAAAACUACACUCCACUUAAAGCACACAUUAUUGACAUUAUUUCUGCUCUUCCAGAGUGCAGCAGCCUCAGACCCACAAAGAUUCCUUCUGGUCUGAAGACUGCACACACAGCCCCCUCUGCUUGCCCCUUGAUCUCUGUGAGAGCAAGGCCUCUGGGGGUUUGAUUGUGGAGCUCCUGUGAAGCUUUAGGGAAGCAUUUCUUAUUGGAAGCUUUCAGUGUGUUGUUACCUCCAAAACUCUGACCCCAUUUCUCUGCUUUUUUUAGGGGAUGUGCGCUUCCUGAGGGAUGUAGCUUCCCGGGAUGUGGACCUACAGGGGAACGUGGCCUCCUGGGGAUGUGGGCCUCCUGGGGAUAUAGCCUCCCUGGGGUGUGGUUCUCUAGCUUUUGUUUUUAUAAUACCUGGUGCUAACUGGUUUUUCAGAGCACUUUGUUUGGCUAGCUGGGGGGUCACAGGUAGGAAGGGGCAGGCUCUGACAUGAAUGUUUCUCACCUGCAUCGUAAUGUCUUCACUGUGCUAUCUUCAGGAUAUGAAGUGGAAUGGGGUAUC